AUGCUUGUCGGCGAGGGCAUCUGCCGAAACAAGGAAUUCUGCAAGGCAAUGGUUUCAUUCGUCGACCAGGUCAUCCUCAACUGCUUCGCCCUGCAUAUGGUGCCGCAGAUUAUGCUCCCCAUUUUCGGACGCCUCAUCACACUGCCAAACUGGUGGCUGUGGCGCAAGGCAGCCAAACAUAGCUUACCCGUCAUCAGGAAGCGCCUUGAUGAUCUGGCGAAGAAAGAGGCGGGAGAUCCGGCUUACGACAGCUGGACUGCACCUGAAGACUUCGUUACAUGGGACGUCCGCAUGGCCAAAGCCGAGAAGAAUUACUUCGAGCUCGACCCCUACGUCAUCUCAAAACGACUCUUACCUAUUCAGUUUGCGGCAAUCCACACGACUGUGAUCACCGGCCAUGGCAUUGUUCUUGAUUUACUGAGUUCUGAUCCUGCCAAGGGGUAUAUCCAAGGCAUCAGGGAAGAGGCAGAGCGGGUGCUUAAGGAAGAGGGUGGUCGCUGGACCAAGAACGGCUUGUCGCGACUAUACCGCCUUGACAGCGCCAUCCGCGAGAGCCAGAGGCUGAGCAACUUCAGCUGUACUCUGAUGGAGCGCAAGGUGGUUGCCAAGGAGGGCAUUACAAACGAACAAGAGGGCUGGUACCUGCCACAAAACACUUUCUUGACCGUCAACCUGGAAGGCCUGCACCACGACGACGAUCUCACGCCCAACGCAGGGGAGUACGACGCCUUCCGUACAAGUCGGCAAAGGGAAGAGUACGAGGCGAAACCGCAGUCGGAGAGGACUUUGGAGGAGGGACUGAGGUUGAAGAACCUCGGCAUGGUAACAACGAGUGACAGUCAUCUCCCCUUUGGGCAUGGACGACACGCAUGCCCGGGCCGCUUCUUCGUCGCUCACGAGUUGAAAAUGGUAGUAGCCAAUUUGUUCCUCAACUACGACUUGAAGCCACUAUCCGAACGACCAAAGCCGCAGUGGGUCGGCGUGACGAUUGUACCACCAGUGAGUGCGAAGAUUGAGUUGAAGCGUAGGAAAGGCACAGUGUAG